AUGACGGCAUUACCAAAUGAGGAACAACACCUGGAAGAAAUGGCCACAGAUGUGCAUGGUUAUGAUGGCGAUGUUACCUUCUUCGAUUUGAGCUGGGAAGAUGUAAUCAUCCCGAAGAUACUAUCCAACCUCACGCUGAAGGAACUUUUCACAUUGCGAUGCUGCUCGAAGACUACCAAACGCCUCGUUGAGUUGGCUUUGGAAAAACUGGUUGAGAUUGAUUUUGCAGGCAACAAUUGUGCAAAUAUUGAUUUGACCUUUAAAGUACUCGGUGAGAAUUGUAAACGUUUGGAAAAUCUUCAAUUGGCUCGAUGCAAUUGGAUGACCGAUGAUCUGUUACUGCCCAUCUUGGCUAGAAAUAAACAUUUGAAAAUAGUCAAUCUCAAUGAAUGUGUCAAUAUAACACCAUUGGCACUGCAGCCAAUUAUUAUCGAAUGUAAGGAUUUGCGAGUUUUAAAACUGUCAAAAUGCCAAUGGUUAACUACUGGGGCCGUUGAUGCCCUGACCUUACAUCAGAGUAAUUUGGAAGAGUUUGAUAUAUCACAUUGUGCUGCCAUUGGUGAACGCUGUCUGAUAAUAUUCUUUAGGAAGCUGAAUAAAUUGACGGUACUUUCGCUGGCCAAUACUUUAAGUGUUACCGAUCAAGUAUUGAUACAAAUUGCCAAUUAUUGUCGUGCCCUGGAACAUAUCAAUUUGGUUGGAUGUGCUGCCAUAUCAGAUUUUGGAAUACAAGCUUUAACAAAAAAUUGUACCCAAUUGAAAUCGUUAAUGGUCCAACGCUGUGAUUUGGUAACGGAACGAUCUCUGGGUCCAUUGAGAGGCAAACUGCAUAUUGAUCGUCCGGCUGAAAUGCAAUUACAACUCUACGAUUUUAGGCAAAAUAAUAAUCAUAUAUUUCUUCAAGUUUAAA